CAAACUAUCAGAAACAAAAAAGUAUAGAAGUCCGUACCGAAGAUCAAAAAAAUAAAAGAUGUUCGAUGGAACUGAUCGUUAUACAAAUUUUAGUAUUGAGGAUUAUUCUCAUAGGCGUCACUUCAAGUAGAGAAGGAGGCGGUUUCAACUAUGCAGGAGACGAUGGCUAUAGAGGAGGCGGUUUCAACUAUGCAGGAAACGGCGGCUUCAGUAAUGGAGGAGGCGACAGCCUUAUCAUUGGAGGAAACGAUAACGUGAGCAAAGGAGGAGGUGGUUUUGAUAUUAGAGAAGACGUCGGCGGUCUCAACCACGAAGCAAACGGAGAAUAGGACAGUAGAGAAGGCAAAUUCAAAGAGGAGGCCGUGGCGAUGGCUUUGAAUUUGUGGGCUUAUUUUUAAGUUGCCUCCGAUUGGCUACAAAGAACUAUGUUUCGGCGAUUUUGGAAAUUCAACCCGCAAUUGUGGAAAAUUGGCGGAAAACGGUUGCAUGAAAGAUUCACCUUAUACAUGUUUCACACGUCGACCCCUCUGGGAUAAAGUAUACGUGUCAACACUGAAAUAAA